CUUUAUAGACAACUUCUUCUUCUUACAGAAUCAAAAUCAAAUCGAAGAUUAGUUGUAGACAUUACCAUAUUUCUUCCGCCAUUAAAUAUUUUCACCAUCUUCCUUCCUUCCUUCUCCCAACUGCCAUAGACAGCUAUUCUCCACCUCCCUCUCUUCUCUUCUCUAUCAAUCAAGAACCUCAGAAACUAACUUUCAAACCUCAGCGAAUUACUCAAAAAUGGGCUCUUCUCCUUCAAAACCCGCUUCUUCUACUUCUCCGGCGAUCCACCGAGCUCUCUCUUUCCCGACGCCGUUAGUUCACCAUCCUCCGGCAAGAAAAGGCGACACUCACCACCUCGUCUCCCUCACAUCCACCUCAUACGGUUCUCUCCUCCUCGUCGAUCUCGACGCAUCCAAAACCGCCUCCGAUCCCAUCUCAAUCUCCGGUCCAGACUCGGUCUCACGCGACUCGCUCUCUCCUGACUCGGUCAUCAACACGUGGGAGCUUAUGGACGGCUUGGACGACGACGAAUUCGAAUUCCAAAGCCCUAAUCUCGGUAAGCCUAUCUCGGAUCUUUGUCCUAAACCCGACCCGGAUCGGAAUGUGUCGGCUUUGAAACUAGACGGAUCUUACGAGUUCGAAUUCGAAAGUUCAAGUUUAGAUUCGGAUCUUUGUCCUAAACCCGACCCGGAUCGGAACGUGUCGGGUUUGAAACUAGACGAAUCUUACGAACUCGUGAGAAUCGAACAAGAAGAAGAAGAAGGUUGGGUCCCGCUGUCUUAUAAACCAAAGCAACCUCUUUGGAAGCAUUUGUCUGAAGAAUCAUUCUUGUCUGGUUUAGAUCCUAGCAUUGUCUCUCCUUACAAUAAAGAUGUGUCUUCUGAGCAAUUAAGCAAUGAUAGUAUCAAUGUCGAGGCUAUAAGCCCACCCUCUAGUGCACUGAGUACACAGGCCAAAGCAGAAGACAAGAUUGUACUCUACUUCACAACCCUCCGAGGAAUUCGAAAGACGUACGAGGAUUGCUGUUGCGUUAGAACGAUACUGAGAGGGUUUCAGGUGACGGUAGACGAGCGUGACAUCUCCAUGGAUUCGAAAUACAGGAAAGAGCUACGAAGCAUGCUCGGAGAUAAGGAGAAACCGGUUUGUUUGCCUCAGGUGUUUAUCGGUGAUACCUACAUUGGUGGAAUAGAGGAGAUUAUGAAGCUAAACGAUAGUGGGGAGUUAUCUGAGAUGUUGAUAGGUUUCCCUGCUUGUGAAUCCUUGGGGACAUGCAUGAGCUGUGGUGAUGCAAGGUUUGUGCCUUGUAGUAACUGUGAUGGUAGUACCAAAGUGUUCGAGGAGCAAGACGAAAUGUUCAAGCGGUGUUCGAAGUGUAAUGAGAAUGGAUUGGUGCGUUGUUGUGAGUGUUGUCUCUAGGUAAAAAGCUGUGUGGGUGGGGUGAAAUGGUAUUAGAUUGAUUGUGUGAAUUGUGAAGGGAGUAAGAUUACUAAGAUGGUAUUGGUUUAGUAUUUGUAUAUUAAAAUAAGAAAUGAGCUUAAUGCAAGCUAAUUAUUUACUAAGAUGGUAUUGGUUUUACUAUCCUUUGCUUUAAAUUAUGGGUGUUCAAUCCGA